GAAAUCAGCUAAGAAUCAAUUGAGUGCAAAGCAUGAUUUUGAAGAUUUAUUUAUGAAAGUUGUUGUCGUUACCUGCUUUUUUUUAGCAAUAUGUGUUAUCAGCACCAUCAAGGCCAUGAAGAAGCAAUCCAGACAAAUAUACAACUGCGUCCAACUUAUCUGUUUCCAUUUCGAGGGUACAGGGUCAUCCAAGUCUGUCAACUGGUGGACCUUAAAUUCUUUUAAUCCAUAUCCUUGUUUUAUCCAUGGGAGGCAGCAAAGCUGGUAUUGGAUUGGUUAAGAUUAAAUAUUCAGGAUUCUUCAUUGAUGAGUUACUCAUUGAUAAAAAUUACCCUAUGGUCUUAAUUUCAUCACCCUUUCUAGAUUUAGUUUUCUUUCAUUUCAUCAACUUCUGACCUAGAUUUUGCCAUGUUAAUUUAAAGCUUUAUGAUUCAAGAGGGAAAAAAAGGACAAAAACGAUGACAAAAGUACAAAUAUUUACUAAUAUUCUAUAUAUGAGUCAGUUGGCAUAAUGGUAGUGCAUCUUUUAUGAUAUGUGUUCAAACUAAUUUUUGAAGGCAAGAACUAAGAGUCUUAGUGUUUAAGAUUUGAAUUCUCUGCAGGUUAGGAGAAUUGAUUCUAACAUGUUAUUGUUGACAUUUUAUGAUGUUGUAGACAAUGAUAAAAAUGGCCUUUUGAUACUUGCACAUCAAAGUAUCUAACAUGUGUUGCUUUGUCAAUCAAGUCUUUUAAACAACAAACCCAAAUUUAAAGUAGGAUUGAAUUGUUAGGGAUUUCUUUUUUCUUGAUUUAUUUAUUCUAAAUGUUGUAAGCAAAUUAGUUAUGUCAAUUCAAAGUCAAAGCCUUUGGAGCUUGUAUGAGGUCGUACUUCCAUUAAUCUCAGUUGAAGGGGUUCCACUUGCAUUUUAGUGGGCUUGUUGGAAAUCAGGAGAAUCAAUUUGCUGGUUUUAUGGACUUAAUCUGGACAACAAGGAACAUGGAGCUUGUUAAAUUGUAAAUACUCCGUUAUAAUUUGACCAUCUCUGAUUGUCAUUGUUGUCAACUAGUCAAGUGAUAAAGUAUGUUACAUUGUUACAUUCGGCAGUCUCUUGUUGAAGUUUAUUAGUUAAUGUGUGGAGUUAAUGUUUAUAUUAUUAAUUAUUUCUCCUUUAAUGGUAAUUCUGCUUACAGUUUGUUCAUUGUAGACCUGUAUUUCAUGAAGUAUGAGCUACAUCAUUGGUUUGUAUUUUUAAAAGUGGAAUCAAAGUAUCAUGGCUCCAAAAAAUCUCUUACCAAGUGCCAAUGUAAAUAAAAGUUGUUUAUAUGUUUAGUCCUGUACUUUAGAUGUUUUAGAGCUUUUUCCUUACUAGUAUGAGAUGGCCAUAUCUUAUGAACA